AUGUGUGGGCGAGAACUUGGCUGGGGAGAGAACUUGUCUUGGGAGAGAACUUGGCUGGGGAGAGAACUUGGCUGGGGCGAGAACUUGGCUUGGGAGAGAACUUGGCUUGGGAGAGAACUUGGCUUGGGAGAGAACUUGGCUUGGGAGAGAACUUGGCUUGGGAGAGAACUUGGCUUGGGAGAGAACUUGGCUUGGGAGAGAACUUGGCUUGGGAGAGAACUUGGCUUGGGAGAGAACUUGGCUUGGGAGAGAACUUGGCUUGGGAGAGAACUUGGCUUGAGAGAGAACUUGGCUUGGGAGAGAACUUGGCUUGGGAGAGAACUUGGCUUGGGAGAGAACUUGGCUUGGGAGAGAACUUGGCUUGGGAGGGAACUUGGCUUGGGAGGGAACUUGGCUUGGGAGAGAACUUGGCUUGGGAGAGAACUUGGCUUGGGAGGUAUGGCGCUUUUUCAGGUUCAAAAUACAAUACUUUAA